AUGGCGAACAAGUUUGGAUUAGGCUCUUUAUCUUUAGAAAAUAAAAAACCUAACACUACAGUGUGGAUAAAUAAAGCGAAACCUUACUUUGUGGAUCAAAUCGGGGACACUCUUCAAGGUGAUUUAGAUAUGAACAAUUUCAAAGUAACUAAUUUAAAGUCUCCGGAAAACGAUAAUGACGCUGUUCACAAGAAAUAUUUACGGGAACAAAUAAAUUCAAUUGAAGUAAAUAAAAACCAUUUAGAAGAUAAAAUAAAAAAGAAAACGUUUAAGGGUUACUCUAAUGAUAAGAUAGCUGUAGAAGAUUAUAUUCGAUUAGCUAGUGGACAUGAUGUGACGAAUGAAUUUAAGAAAGUAGUUAUUCCAAAGGAUGAUGAUAAACAAAAGAAAGUUUUCAGAAGUUAUCUGAAUCUCGUUAAAAGAAAAGCACCGGAUGAUGAAGGAAUCAUGUAUCCUUAUGGUGAUAAAGAUGACUUGAGUUUGGAUGAAAACUACGAAUUUGAUGAUUGCGAUUACCUUACUAUUCAAGAAGAGAAUGAAGAUUGUUAA